GCCAUUAGAUGAGUUGUAAGUUUUUAUUCGGCUUGCUCGUUUUUCAUUUCGUACUCAAAAUUAUUAAAGUGAUGUUUUUUUAAGACAAUUUCUCGAAAGUAAUAUCUUUUAGAACUUUAUGAUUUAUCUUUGGUGAAUUUUAACGUCUCGUUAUAAGUGUUUAUAUGUUCAAAUGUUUAUUAAACUAAAAAAGGUGUGGCUAUUUUUAUAAAAGUCAAUUUAUUAAAAUUGAUAAGGAAUUGAAAAAUAUUUGGCAAUUUAGUAAAAUCAAUCGAAUGUUUUCCAGCCCUCUUAAGCGAAAACCGGCAUUCAAAACAACACUACUAUGAUCCUUUAAAAAAAAAAAGUAGCAAAGAAAAUGCAGUGUUUUAAAAAUAAAAUAUAAAUAAUUGAAACCACAUAAACUAAAUGGCUCGUCCAAACAAACAGACCUUUAGUUAGAAACAAAAAAAAAAUCAAAUAUAUUUGGUACCAACAUAAACGAAAUCAGGCAUACCUAACCUUGCUUAUAGCCAAUACAUCAUUUUGAAAAGGACUAGAAACUUGCAGUUUUAUAAAUUUAUAAAUUAUGGAUCAAGUAAGCGAGUCUUUUUUAGUUAAAAAACUUGUUUGAAAAUAUAUACCUAUGUAAAUAUUUUCUAAAGAAAAGUUAUAAACUAUAAAACUGGACGAUUACCAUUCAUACCUGCCAUUUGCCGGAGGUAACGUUGCUGCAUAUUCCGGGGACCGCAAUUCUGAUCAUCAUUUAACGCAUCAGCAAUCCCAAAACAAUCAUCUUCAUAUUCAACACCCAUAUCAACAACAAAAUACCGAAUUAUCAUCGGCCGAUGUUUUGGAAGCACACCGCGAUACAUUGCAAUACAACAACAAAACGCAAUUCCAACAACAGCAACACUAUCAGCAACAUCAACAUCAUUCAGAACAACAUUUUGAUAGUUCAGGCAAUAAUAAUAAUCAACCGGAAUACAAAGAAUAUAAAUACGAGCUAACUGGAGGAAAAUCAUUACAAACCUCAUCCAUACCGCCUGUUGCAACAACUCAGAUACAGCAAUUACCUGCCGCGGGACAUAUUCUUGGAAGUCACUCAAAAGUGGAUCAGUGGCUGUUGAAUCAGUUCAAAAUAGUUACUGAAGCUGCACUUGAUUUAAGGUCAACACCGUUCCUCUCACAUCUGCAACAUCAUCAUAACCAUCAGGCACAACCAGAGCAAAAUUUAGAACAGCCGCAACAUCGCCUGGACGUGGAGCGUGAGCAUUUGGCAAAACCAUCUCAACAUUCACAGCAACAUAAUCUCAACAACCUUCCCGUUGGCUGCUCAUCAGCGGUUGGAGUUGGCGAUACUCAAAUGACUACAGAAAUACAACUUCAGCAUCAGACCAGUAACCGUGCGCUCUUCAAAAUGGAAACGGACUUUUGGCAACAGCCGCGUGGGCCACCUAUAGGGCUCACGUCAUUAAAUCAUCAUCAUCACCAUCCGCAAGUUCAACAUCAGCAUCAACAUCAGCAUCAACACCAACAUCAACAGCAACAUCAACAUCAUCAACAAAACCAUCAGUCCAUGUCAUUGUUCAAUGAGAUAGGGGGAAAUACUGCAAGCAUCACCAGCAGUAAUGCAGAAGCUCCUUCUAAUAACCUGCCCUCGAAUAACGACAGCAUCGAGGUAAACAGUGGCACCGAAGCUGUAACUGCCUCUGAAAAUGCAACUUCUGCGAUUUCAAGAUCCGUUGAUACUAAUUGUGCCAAUCCAAGAAGUUCUCCUCAAAACGCACCUAGCUCCGACCAAAACAAUCAUCAAUCGGCCAACAGUCCGACUCCAGCCUCUGCACAUCUGCAUCAUCAGCUACAACAGCAAAUCCACCAUCAUAUGCAGCAACAGCAAGCUGAGGCAAGCCAAGAGCUGCCGAACGGGACCGACACAGGAAUUUCCGGGAGCAGCAAUCUCACGGCACCGAUCCCCAUAGGUCACCACAUGACCCCAAAUCAUUUGCAACAAAUACAACAACUUCAGCAGCAGCAAAAUCUUAUGCCACAACAAUCCACGCACGCUCAAUCUCAUCAGCAACAGCAACACAGCCCUCAAUUGAAUUUGUCACAGCAACAGGCGGCGGCGGCGACGGUGGCAUCAGCAUCAUUAUCGCAUCCUCCUCAGGCUUUAACCCCAUCUGGGGGUAGCUCAACUCCCGAUAUAAAGUUCAACAGUGAAAAGUUAGUCAGUGAGAUUCAGCUACAGUUAUCCAGAUCGAAUAGUGCAGCAGCAAUAAGUGAACGCACCUUAGAAGAAUGCUGGUCAACCCUGCAACGACUCUUCAUGCACAAAAGCGCAAUGCAACAAAUUCAACAAAUACCACGAGUUGGAUUGGGGGCCGCAGGUAUGGGUGCUGAAUCAAAACCUCAUCAAUGCCAACAGUGUCUAAAAUCAUUUUCAAGCAAUCAUCAACUAGUGCAACACAUAAGAGUGCAUACCGGAGAAAAGCCCUAUAAGUGUUCAUAUUGUGAUCGACGGUUUAAACAAUUGUCACAUGUGCAACAACACACUCGAUUACAUACGGGGGAACGACCAUACAAGUGCCAUUUACCUGAUUGCGGCCGGGCAUUCAUCCAGUUAUCGAAUCUCCAGCAACACUUGCGAAACCACGACGCUCAAGUGGAGCGUGCAAAAAAUCGUCCUUUUCACUGCAACAUUUGUGGCAAAGGCUUUGCAACGGAAUCAAGCUUACGAACUCAUACUUCUAAGGAGCUACAGCUGCAUCUUGGUGUCUUGCAGCAGCAUGCAGCACUCAUUGGUGGACCUAAUGCAACAUCAUGUCCAAUUUGCCAUAAAUUGUUUUUAGGAGGAGAAGCACUAAUGGAGCAUAUGAAACAUGCGCACAAGGAUCCAAACGCAUCCGGUAUUGCUAUUUCUCCCGAUUUUCAAUUCAAAAAUGAACUAAUCAACCCAUCAAAUUCAUCACCACCACUUCUACAACAACAACAAAAUCAACUUCCAUCACACCAAACAACAACAAAUGCGAAAACAUGCUCAUUUUCUGUUAAAAAAACAUACCCAUUUGCUGAGAACCUUGGUAGCCCUUGUUUACAAUCCACCGACCCCUAUCUAGCGAAACGUAGAACGGCAAAUCAUCCGUGUCCGGUUUGUGGAAAGCAUUACGUCAACGAAGGAUCUUUGCGGAAGCACUUAGCAUGCCAUCCAGAAACCUCGCAACUUACCACUAGUCUACGAAUGUGGCCAUGUUCGGUAUGCCAAGCUGUUUUCACCCACGAAAAUGGUCUUUUGACGCACAUGGAGCAUAUGAGAAUGGACCCGAAGCAUCAAUUCGCCGCACAGUACGUUCUUUCAAGAGCUGCUGCUGAACGUCGGGAACGAGAUUCAAUACUCGCAGCUACGUUAGCUGUAUCUGCUUCCGGUUCAGGUCUCCUGCCAAUGGGUGGACCAGGAAGCGGUGAUGGUGGAGGGGGUGGUUCAAAUUCAAUGUGCCCCUCUCCUUCGGCACAUUCAGAAUGCUCGUCCAAUGGAAGACUGUCUUCAGCUGGUUCGGAUCCUGGUUCAAGUGUCCUACAUAACAACAAUAAUAGCUGCAGUAACAAGCUGAGUGAUAUCUUACGAUCGAGUCACAGCACUCAUAUACACCCGCAGUACGGGGUCGAUGAUUUGCACGCGAACAGAAUGUCACUAAUGGCUGCUGCAGCGGCAGGAAUUGUUUCCCAAUCAAGUGGCAAUGGGGGAGUGACUGGAAGCAUGGGCUCUCCGGUUGAUACCACAAGUGCUGGAGCGGCAGUUCAGGCUGCCGUUGUUAACUUGGCAGCUGCUAUGCGUAUGAAUCAACAAGUAAAUAGUGUCAGUUCGGUAACGGGCAACGUCGGAGUGUCAAGUACAGGGAAUGGGAAUCUUAGUGCGUCUGGUCAGCCGGGAACGGGAAAUAGUCAGGUGUUAUGUUCCUCCCCUUCAACACUAAGCAAUGUAGAUACGGCCGCUACAGCUGUUGCCGCAAUGAACGCUAUGCGUGUAUCAAUGGCGGCAGAUACAAUGAUGCGUUCCAGCAUGGGUGUUGACCCUAUUUCACAUCAAACUGGUCAUCCCCAUCAACACCACCACCAGCAUCAUCAGCAAAACUCUCCGGAAGCAGCCUUACGAAUGCAGCAAGCUGAAGCAAUAUUGCGUUCUCAAGCUGAAGCGGCUAUUCGACUAGCAGUAUCUGUAGCAGCGUCCACCAACAAUGGAAAUGUAAAUAAUGAUCUCGCAGCAAAUGGUCGCCUUCAUAGCAAUUCUGGUCCAGGUUUUGGUGCUUCAACGAACGUCCCUCCAAAUCCAUCAAACAACAACGUUGGAAACAAUAGCUGCCUGAGUAAUCCUACAAACACCAGCACGGCAAACCCACAAUUGCAACAACAACAUCCACCUCAGUCACACACACCUGGCAGUGAAAUCAGCCAACAACAAUCUCAACAAUCAUCGCAUCAGCAGCCUCAGCAGCAGCAACAACAAACACAGAAUCAACAGCAGCAACAUCAACAGCAACAAACACAACAGCAGUCUCAAGUGAACUCAGAUUUAAGUGAAGCAAUCCGUUUACAAGAACACAGGCUUGAACAAGCUUUACGUUUGCAUAAUGAUGCUAGGGCGUUAAAUUUUCUGUCUGCAGCUAAUAGCAAUGAUCCAAAUGGUUCCGUUAAUCAACACCAACAACAGCAACAACAACAACACCAACAACAUCAGCAUCAACAACAACAACAACAACAACAAGAACAACAACAACAGCAACAACAACAGCAUAAUACUAAUCCAUGAGAUUUUAGUUUUUUCUGAGCGUUCAAAAAUAGUAGAUUAUGUAAUGAGGUACUCUCAAAGUUUAACAAUCAAAUACAAAACCAAUACUCACGUUCAGAAAAUGUAUCUUUCUAAAAAUAUCAUUUUCUCUUAUUUAAGCGUAUUGUAAAUAGAAGAAGAAAAAUGCUUAAAUGAGAAAUGAAAAGAAAGUAAUAUGAUAAAAGAUAUAUAAUGUAGAAUGUAAAUAAAAGGUCUUGUCAAGAAAUGUAACGAAAAAUCAUACUACCAAUAAGAAUGUAACAAACACAUGGCUGGGUUUACACAGCGCAGAAAUCUCUCUAGUUGAUAUCUCAUUGCUCAUUCUACUGUCAAAUGUUUUUGACUUCCAAUUGUGAUAUAUGUUAAACGCGCAGUAGUCCCAAAGAUUUGUACAAAUAUCUCAAAUAAUUUAAAUACUUAUAUUAGCAUCAUUAUUAGAUAUAAAUUUAUCCUUAUACGUACUGAAUUUUUAAAAGAAUGCGUUAGUAAAAGUAUAUCUUACACAAAAAUGAGACCCUAAUAGGUGCAGGUUUUCAGUUGCGAUUUAAACCAGAGUUAGUUAGUAGUUAAGUCUAACUUACAAAAAAAGUUUUUCAGGGGAGUUUACAUACAGAAGAGUCUAACACACUGUUUUGAUAAAAAAAAACCCAAAGCUUAUUUUCACCUCAUCCAGGGGAGUCAUUCCCUAAUUUUCAAAAAGAUAAUCGUCAAAACGAUUGUCAAUCGUAAAACCGCUAUCGUUUGACGAUAGUCGUUUUAAGGAAUGACCCCCAGGCUUAUCUCACAAUAUUUAGUGAGUUAAUUCGGAGUUAACUCUGAAUUUACACUGAAAAACUGAACCUUAAACAAAAGUUCACGACUAAAAAUAUGCUUUUCUAUAUGACAAAAACUAAGAGCUUGCAUUAUAUUUGUAACGUAACACUAUUUAUAAAUUAAAUAAAAAAAAAGCUGACCACCGAUAGACUAUUGCAUUGACCACAUAUUCUCACAUGAAUAAUAGAAAUUGAUACCAAUUUCAAUUUCUACGAGGCUUUACUUUCAAUUCGACAAUUUCGAUUUCUUUCCAAACGUAGUACAUCUCUGUGAAUUGAAAUAAAAACUUUCUUUUUAUGGCGUAUGUGAUAUUAAAUAACAUAUAUUUUCAAAAAAAAAAAAAAAACAACACUUCUAACACAACAGGAUAAUUAUUUUAAAAUUCUUUGGUUCUAAUUCUAUUCUUGGGAAUCAAGUGAAAAUCUGAUAAAACAUUGUUUUUUUAACGCCAAACCAAAUACAAUAUAAGUAAUAAAGAGUUACUUUUGAAUCAAACACAAAAAUUAUACAAAACUGUAAUAAGUCUAAACUUAAAUAUCUACCCGUUUUUGUGUCUACAUCGAAUUAUAGCUAAACCAUUUAUUUUAAUUAAUUGUAUAAGAUGAUUCCCGAGAGUUAUUCGAAUUUGUUUUGAAGCUUACAAAAAUUUAACAUACAAGUUAAUAUUUGGAUUGUGAGGAUUGAAAACAGUUACAAACUGUUUAACUGGUCUGGGAUAGAAUUGAAAUUGUAAAAGCAUUAGGAUGUGAUUUGUAGGUUUUAUUUAACGAUGUCGCAAGUAAAAAUAAUUUCGAAUAUACAUAAUUGGUAAUGUUUGGGUUUUCCUCGUUAUUUUCAUUCAUUAAAUUAUUUAUUUUAUUAGCAUUUGAGUGAAGUUUUCGGAGAUUUGGUCUAGGCAUUCGUUAUUGCACUUCACUGCCAACAUUAUAUUGCUAAAAGAGAUAGAUCUGCAUUUUUCGCAGUAAUAAAGUUAUUUGCUACAAAAAAUAAAGUAGGCCUAGUUACUUACAACUCUCAGCCAUUCCUAGGUGCGAGCUUAUAUGCACAAUCUGAACGGGCAAUCAGAGAAAGUAUUUUUCAAGCAUUCUUGAAGGAUUUGUCAAUUCUUUGCAAAAGGCAGUAGCCGUGAAACAAAAUUUGUAGGUGGCUCAGGCAGGGAUUGAACCCUAUACUUCCAGCAUGACAGUCCUACGCACUUUUUUUCCUUUUCAAAUUAAUUUUUAUUACUUUAUGUUUUUAACUAUCUUACAGCUAGACAAAAAUUAAAACAACUAGCCUAAUUAAUCAUAACUUACAACCAACUUACUGGGCCCCAUAGGGACACUCUAAGUAAAACUCUGAUACUUAUUAUUAAUGCCUUUCGGCAUUAUCUAUAUUUAAGUUUAUUAAUUUUGUAUUUUAUUUUGUUAGCAAAUUAACAAACUAAUUUUAAUACAUAUUUCUACGCACUUACCAUCACGCCAUGGGCACUACGGAUUGUUAUAGCCUGCCUAUUAUUUCGUGUUUUACAUAAGAAUUCUAAAUUUUAUUUUUAAAAAUGAUCAGUUAAUAAAUAAAUACAAAUAUUUUUUACAAAUAAAAAAAAAACAUUAUAAAAGCUUUUUAGGUUUUAGGUCGAAAAAUCGUCAAAAUUUGGGAAAACAAAGAUUAAUGAAAUAUCAACCACGAGAGUACCUGCUGUGAUAUAACUUUUAAACCGAGCCUGAUGCAACUUUAUAAAGAUCGGGAAAACAUAAAAUUCCAAUACAAGUAUUAUUCAAAAGAGACGCGUUUUCCUUUAGUAUACUGAAUUUUAAAAUGCAAGAAAAACGUUCAUGAAAGAAACAACUGUGAGUAAAAUUUAAAUAAACUAAAGCAACAUAACUUACUUAUUAUACAUAUAAAAAAAUAAAAAAACUCAUCUUGAAUAUCAAUUUAAGUAUACAAUUACAAGGAAUAUAAAAAAUUUACAUUGUGAAUGAUUGCGUGUAGUUGUAAGAAUGCAUGUCCUUAGAAAUAAUAAUACUUAACAGUAAGUUAAUGUGUACAUUUUCGUGUAGGUACCUACUAUCUAAAUAAAAUAAACAACUAAAAAUACAAAUUAGUUACAUAAGCAUAGAAUAUUAUAUAUCUAUAUACGUAUAUAUAUAUUGAUAUAUAUGUAUAAUAUAUAUUAAUUUAUUUAUAAAAUUUGAAAUGUAUACAUGUAAAAAUCCAAAUCCGAUUAAUUUUGCAAAUUUAAAAAUGAAAAUGGAGCAGAUAAUAUAACUUACUCUAAAACCCUAAAGCUUUUGCUAUUCAAAAGGAUUACACAGCGAUGAUGUAUAAUGACAUUUGAUAGAACACAAGCAGUCAAAUUUAAACGAGAAAAAGGGUUAAAAUUUUACUAGAAUUAAAAUUAAAUAAAUAUUUGUACAGUGCAUCAACCCAUAACCUCAUCGCGAAAAUGCAAUAUUGAUGGUUUUAUUCAAAUCUAGAAAGCUUAUUUGUUUCGAACUUUUACACCAAAAAUUAAAACAAUACAAAAAAAAACCCGAACUAAACUAAUCAAACAUAAGAACAUCAUGUAUUUAUUUUUCAAAAACGAAAAAAAUAAUGAAGGAAAUUCAAUUAAGUAUAAUUAUUAAAAAUAAUUUGUCAAUUAAAAUUCAACAGCAAAAAAAGAUAAAACAGACUUAAAUGAAAACAUAAACCAACGAAAAUACAAGUUCUUAACAAUGUCACUCAACUUAAGAAAGCACCAAGCAAAUCACCUCUUUGGUUUUAUAUAUUUUUAUACUAAACGCUUAAAAAGUGCUUUAACAAAAUUUCCUUGAUUUCCCGGAAAAUUAGCAGCAAAUAAAGAUUAUGUCUUUUUUAUAACAAUCAAAAAACAAGAAAGUGCAGUAUAUUUCUCUUUUGAAAUAUAUAUAUACGUUGUGCAGUGAAUAUCUCAGUUACUUUUUUGUUAAAUAUUAAAUAAAACAAAAACAUUAGUAAUUAGUGUCAAAGUAAGAAAUCACUUUAUAUUCCUUUCAAUUGGUGUUGUGAUCAAAAAUAAUAGGAAACAAAAAAGACAAUACAUGUGUUGAUCACUCAAUGGCUACCAUGAAAUUUAAAUUAUUUUAACUACUUUGGUUUCUAAAACCAUCAUAAGUAACUAAAUGGUGAGAAAUGUUUCUUAAUGAAAUUCAAAACAUACCAAAUGAUGUGACAAAUCAAAAUUAUUAAAAUAUAAUAACUAAAAGGAAAAGAUUGAGAUUUGUUUGUCAUAUGAGCGUUGGAGCUAUUUGAGUUUAAACUUAAUUUAAGUUUUAGAUUUGAAUGCAACAAUUGAGGAACUACAUAUCGAAAGUUAAAACAGUGGGAAAUAACAAAAAUAUUUUGUGUGAGAUUAAAUAAGUUUUAAUUUAAUAUCUUUCAAGAUAAUUGAUUUUUAUUAAGUUUUUGUAUUAUUUUUAAAUUAUUUAAAAUAAAACUGUCAAACAUUUUUUUAUUUUAUAAAACAUUAAAGAUAAUGGCGCAAAAUUUAAAACAAAUUGACAAAAUCUGUAAGCCAUUUUUUGCAAUUCACUUAGCUUAAAAAAUGAUUUACCUAUAAUUUUAAUCGAUUGUUACAUCUAACUAUCUCUUAACAAGUUAAGAACACGAAUUGGCUUCUUUAACUUUUAACAAUUUUCUGAAUCCAUAUGACAUCUGUAUGAUUAUUUUUUUUAAGAGCAUUGGAUUGAACGGUACAGUCAAGAGUUUUUAAUUCCAAUUAAUAGGUCCGUUUAAGCGUAUUUAUUUUCACGAACGGUCGCUUUUUAGACAUGUUUGGGUGAUAGUUUGAAAACAAGGAGGUCUAACAUUUUAAAAUCCAUUAGUAAAUUGCUAAAUAUUUAGCAAGUUGGUAACUAGUUAAUUUUUAAAAUUUUGCGUUAAUAUUUUUUUUUUUGAGCUAGAUGUCAAAAAUGUUUCUCGUCGUUGCAUAAAAUAUAUGCAUUUUUUUUUUCUUCGUAAUGAUAAAUCGUGACAAAUAUUUGUUUGAGUUUUCUUUGUUUUAUGUAUGAAAAAUAUAUUCUAGUUGAAUGUCUCUUAAGUUAAUUUUAAUUUUGCAUGAUGUCACCAUGUUUUACAUAAAAUUUAAUUGAAGUCGAAAGCGCUUCUCUCUGCAUAUUUUGUUGAUAUUGUCUGUCAAUUUAAUAUCUUUGCGAGUCCUAAGGAAUAAAAUAUCCCAAGCGUACUGAAAUACAGACAUCUAUUUAAAGAACCGUUUAUUUAAAAAUCAGGGAACAUCAAAAUCUCAAUAUCUACUAUACUUAUUAAGUUUUUUUGGAUAUAUGUAUCUCUAUAUUUGUUGUGUUUACUUAAUUAUGAAGUAUAUUCCAUAAACCUCAAGGCUUUAUGACUCUAUUAAACAAUUAACAUACAUAUGGUGCAUUGGUUAUCCCUUUUCUAUAACUUGAUCACAUCAGAAAAAACUUAAAGAAAAUAAUCCCACAAGUUUACGAUAAUUAUUUAAUCACGGGUAUCUGCGGUAUCCGGGUUUGACAACAUGUAAUUAUAAAUGUAUGUAUGGGUACACUUCUUAAAACCAAGUAAACUUAAUCGCGUACAAAUGUAUGAAUUUAAAAAAUACCUCUUAUAGCUAUUUGGUCAAUUUUUGUGUUGCGUUUCUUUGUAGAUUUUAGUCUAAUAAAAAGAUACAGAAACACGCUUAACUUUAUUGAGAUGGGUUAUUACAUACAACUUUCAAUGAAGUAACACAAAAUUCGAAAACAUGUCAAUUUGUUGAAGGACAUUAAUAAAUUAAAAACCGAUUUAACUCCAAAGAAUCGGAGAAUAAUUACACGUGUAUUUUGUGGGAUUUUCUAAUUGUACGGAUUCUUUGCAUCCGUUUUUUUUUCAAAUAGCACGUACAUUUGUACAUGAUCGUGGGUUCUAAUAAUUAUAUGUGAUUCAUAACUUCACUUUCGUCAAGAUGAAAUCAUUCAAUGACAGUUUUAAAAAUAUGUGUCGAAAAAGGACCCGAAAUUAAAAAAAAAAGUUUCGACGCUGGGAAAGUUAACUUAUAUAAUUAUUUUUGUCACCAUGAACGAAUGAAUGCAAUCUUUACUGAAAGCUAUAAUUCCAAAAAAGUAUAUGAGCCUUAGGUCUUUGAAUUUUAAAUCUCAAUCUUUACCGUAUAAAUUGAACCAACUGACAUAAUAAUAAUAAUAAUAAUACGAAUAAUAAUAAUAUAUCACUAAUCAUACAAUAUAAAUAAAAGAACAAAUAUUUAAGCAUCCUGUUUUCCGCUUUGAAUAAAAUAAAUACAAAAAGAUUUCUUAUUUCAAUGUAUUUUGUAAAAAAAAUCAAUUCGAUCCAAGAUCUGUAAUAAAGUAAAAAAAAUAAUAUUAACAACAUAAAAACUAUACUUUUGGCAAAUAUACAUAAUAAACGAUUCAAUAUAGAAUAAUACAUUUUUUUUAAUUUUCAAUAGAUCCCUCUACAAAUAUCCUUAAAAUACCAAACCAGUUGCAGAUACAGUAUUAUAUUGUUCAUGAAAAUUACAAUUUUAAUACAAACAAUCAGCUGGCUCCCCAUCAAAUAUUUAUAAUAAAAAUAUUAAUUAAAAUAAAAUGCUAAUACAAUGUAAAAAGACUAACUUACUAGAAAUAACAAUAAGACUAUUACUAACUAGAGUAACUAAAGUUACUCAAUGGAAAAACUUCUAAAACCAAGUUGAGACAAUGCUAAAGAGAGAUCUUACUGCAAAAAUAUAAAAAAUAUUCUCUCAAAUUAUUACAUAUGACGUGUGUUUACAAUAAUAAAAAAAAUACUGAUAGUUGCAAUAGAUGUUCAUAUAUGUACGUAUGUUAACAUACAUAUAUUUUGCAAACAUAUAAUUUUCUUUCUAUAUUGUAAUACAAAAACAUUUUCAUUUUGAUGUAUCCUAGCCAUAUUCUGUUAACACAGUUUGCUUAAUAUUUUUUUAAUUUUUUUUUUUUAAUUUUUAAUAAACCAAAUAGUUAUUAGCCAAUAAGAAUAGUAAAAUUAAUACAAACUUAGUCAAGCAAAUAAGAAUAAAAUACAACAUCUGAUGCGGAAUGCAUUUAAUGGUGAUGAUGAAUAUAUAUUAAUAAAACAAAGAAAAUAACAAUGAAACAAACUUCAUUAAAAAUCUCAAUUACAAUAGCCCAAAAAUGUUUGUCAUCCAAACAAAGAGAAAAUAAACUUACAGACUAGUUAAGUCAACCAAAUAUAAAAAGAAAAGUACGCAUUUUCAGAUAAAGGAUACACCCAAUCAAUAGCCAGCCAUACAAUAAUUUCUGUUUGAAUAUAAAUUUAAAAAAAUAAUAUAAAAUAAAUAUAAAAAUAAAGUUAAAACAAAAAAUAAUAAAUAAUUUGCAAUAGCCCAAAAACACAUGUACCAACAAAACCACAUGUGUCACACAAAAUUUACUAUAAAUAUAAUAUAAAUCAUAUUUUUUUUUUAAAUCAACAAAAUUAACAAUAACAUAAAAAUGAAAUAGCCCAGAUAAAAACAUAAAUUAGUUGCAAUAGCCCUUAAUCAUGCAGAGAAAAUAUAUAAUUUCUCACAUGACACUACAUGAUAUAAAUAAACUAACUUUACUUAAUAACUUUACGUUGUAUAGUUAAAUUUGUAUUUUCUUUUUUUUCCAAAUAUAUUUUGUUUGUAAAAUUAAUACAACCAACAAUAGCCCAAACGCAUGGUUGUCAACCAUAUGUUAUAUAAUGGAAGAUAUCUAUGAUGAAUACUAAUUAAUAUUUUUUAUUAACAUUUGUUAUUUUAUUGUUUCUUAGUUUCGUUUAUGUUCUUGUAAUAGAUCUUUGAUAAGCAAUAAUAAUAAAUAUAAUAUAUAUAUACUAAGUCAUCGAAAUCUGAUUUCUUCCUUUCAAAUAGAACGUAGUUUUACAUCUUAACUCAAAACAUUAACAAAAAAAAAAACAAAAUAUUUAUAAAAGGAAUGCAAAAUUGUUGCGUACACUAUUAUUUUACAGUUAAAAUUUUAUUUUAUACUAACCACAUAUGUAUGUUGUUAUUUUCCUUUCAAGUUUAAACAAAAAGUAUUACAUUUUCAAAGUCAAAUUCAUUCAGCAAUCACUAGUUAAAUUGUUUAAUAAAGCAUCAAGGUGGACACAAUGAUUGAGAGAAGAUUUAAAAAGAGCUAAAACAGCGAAAAAUAUGCAUCUACGUAAUAUUGUACUUAAGUAAUACAGUUUAAAUAAAAUUACACUAUUUUUUUAAAUACUCUUCAUGAAAUACAAUACAAUAUUCGCAAAAUUAACAGAAAAAAAUUACAAAUAAAAUUUAUUUUCAUUGUGCUCUAAGAAACAAUCCUUUUACAUCUUUUAUUACCAAGCAUACCUACCUAGACUGUUAACAAAAAAUUACUAAUAUACAUAUACAUAGUUAUAAACAUCAUUAAAUGUUGUUCGCUUAGUUAAUAUAAUAAAAUUAAGUAUAUACCACACAAAAAUACACGUCAAGUAAGAAACACAAACUUAAAAAAAAGAAAAACUUCAACCAAUAUUAUGUACUUGGUACAAACGGAAACAACAACACCUACAAUGAAAAAUUAAUUGAAAGUUAUUAAAUAAACGGUGAUUAUAAUAGUGAUCAACAUCAAGAACGAAUAAAAAACAAUAAUAAAAUGCACUUACAAAGAAAAUAUUUAAAAAAAAAUGAAAAAUAAAAUCAAGCGGUUUUUGUUCGGGAAAAAUAUGAAAGCAAUUUAUUUGUUAAUGCACUUUUAUAUUCCUAUUUUCAAUUUCAAGGAGUGUUUCCUAGUUUCAAUCAAUUACUAAAUUAAUGAUUUUAAAAAGCAAUACAAGUCUUGGGAAUAAUAUUUCCCCCAAAAAUUCAAAACUGUUGGCCAAAAGAUUGAAGUUAAGUAACAAAUUAUAAAUAUGUAGAUUAAGAUGACUAUACAACAAUAAAUAACGCACACUGGAAAUAGCUCUGUUUUAUAUUUUCAUUCCUGUUGUAUUGAAAUAUUGUUUUAAGUUUUUAAAUUAAGAUGCAAACACGUGUCUCUUCGAAAUUAAAAUUAGCGUUGAUUAAAAAUUAGCAUGAAAGCAACUCAAUAUCUUCAAUAAUAGUAGGUAGUACUGUAUCAAUAAUUUAGAACAGACACUAUCUUAAACAAAGAAAAAUAUAGUUUUUAACUUAUGCAGCCGUUUCCAAUUGGCUAAGCAUGUUCAGAUAGAGCUCAUUCGAACAUCCCUUGUAAAACUGAUAUUAAAGCUCAAACAAAUUUUUGGGAAAUACGAACUUCCAUUCUGUGUUUUCUGUUGCAAAGUAUUGAGGUAGCCUAUUAAAAGAGAAGCUUUCAAUAUUGAGAUAUGUCUUUUACUGCACAGUAUAUUUUCAGAAAGUGGUUAUUAAAAAAAACCUUAAUUCAAAUUAAUACGUGUUUACUUUCUUCAGCGAAUACCUAGUUGUUUUUUGUUCGUUUUGUAAUUUGAUAAGCACAAAGGUAAACAAAAAAUUAAAAUAAAAACACCAAAUACGUGGACGAUUUUUUUUUUAAAAUUACAAAUAUCAUUAUUAACGACAAAUAAGUUUUAGUAACAACCAGCAGUAGUGACCAAUAUCAACAUUUUCGCAAAUGUGUUUUAAUUAAAAAAAAUAAUAAUGAAUUAGAACAUUUAUAUAAUUUUAAUAUUUACUGACCUCAAUUUUGUUAUUGAAGUUAAUUUAAAGUGCAAUUUAUUAUAUUAUAUUAAUAUAUGGAAACAAAUAUUUUAUUUUUAUUUUGUUAUCUUACUUCCUACCAAAGUCCUUUAUAUAUUUAUAUACAUUUUUUUUAUUUUAAAUUUGUAUUAAGGUAAAGGUAGUUUUAUACGUUGUGAAUUAAUACAAAAUAAUUAUUGCAGUUAUUUUUUUAUAUAUAAAAAAACGAGGAAUGAAUGACAAAAAAUGUAUGUUUCAUAAUCUUACUUAGUCUUAUGUCUUAAUUUUAUUCCUAAACACAUGUGCAAUGAAAAGUAAAACAAAACACAACAACAACAAAAAAGAUAUAAUCAAAUACAAAUACAAUUAUUGAACAACAUUGUUUAAACGAAUAUGUAGAAAAAUGGUUAAAAUUUUUUGUCAGUUCUGCACUGAUGUUAUGAAUGUUUAUCCAAAUAAAAAUCAAAAAAGAAACACCUUAAGUUUAUUAAGGAAUAGCAAAUUAACAGUAGAUUAUGCGAAGAGAAACGAGAUCAUAAUUUAAAAAAAAGCUUAUGUUAUAACUUUAUUGAUAUUUUUUUAUAUACAUAAAAAACAAAAGGAAGAUAUUUUAUAUUAUUCUUUUUUAGAGAAUGCAUUUGAGUAAAAAAUAAAACCAUGAAAUUGUGAAAUUGUGAACAAAAACAACACACAGACUGAGCGUUUGAAGUUGAGUCUCUUAUUAAUUUUUCUUCCUCCUUUUUGUGUAUUUUUUUAUUUAAAAUCAAAAAAUUUAAACACACAAAAAAGAGAACAGAUAAAAAAGUUAAAUGAAAUUUACUAAAAUACUAAAUUAUUUAAUCUGUGCAGCAAAAAAAUUGUUAAGUUUUUUUCUUUUUUCAAAAUACAAGCAUUUAUUUUUUUUAUAUAGAUCGUAGAAAACUAAACAAGGAGAUAUGUAAGUUGCUCGACCUCUAAAUUAAAUUUUAAAAAAAAGAAGAAUUUAUUGAUUGUAAAAAAUUAAAUCACGAAUUUUGAGGAGGAAAAUUCAGACAAUUGUUUAUUAAUUGCGAACAAUUGAGAAAAAAUCGCAUAAAAACUAAAAUUGUAUGUACUAUAAUAUGAUGGAUAGUGAAAAAUUAUAAUGAAAAUAAUAUAUAUUAUAUAUUAUACUAUUAAAUAAGUACUUAUUUAUUAUUUCAUAAGAAUAACACUAACAAUAAAGAUCCUUCAGUAAAAAAAACAUAAACAUUUAUAA